AUGUCGAGUUUGCUAGUUUUUGGAGGCAAUGGGUUCCUUGGUCGUCGCAUCUGUCAAACGGCGGUCGAAAAGGGCUUUCAAGUGACUUCUUUGUCUCGUUCUGGAUCUCCACCGCGAACCGCUAACCGAUGGGACAAGGAAUGGAUUGACAAAGUCCACUGGGAAAAGUGUGACGUGUUGGAUCCGAAGAGCUACACCCAGUACUUGAAGGACGCGGACAAUGUAGUGCACUCCAUUGGGAUUCUUUUGGAAGACUCAAGCUAUAAGGCCCAAAUUAAUGGCAAGCUAUCAUUUGACCCAAAGAACCUGCUGAAGUGGGGGCCAAACCCCAUGAAGAACAACCCUAACUUUACAUACGAGGUUAUGAACAAAAAAACAGCGUUGAUGUUAGCAGAAGAGUUCUCGAAAGUCCAGCGUGCAGAUUCUGCCAGGGAGAGGACUAUGUCGUAUAUCUCGGCAGACAGGGGCUUCCCUGGUCUUCCCUCCGGUUACAUAAAAUCUAAGCGGGAAGCAGAAGCAGGAAUCAUGAGGCAUGAACAGCAGUUCCGGCCAAUCCUUGUGCGUCCGGGUUUUAUGUUUGAUGAACUAGACGCAUCAUUAAAGACCCUUGACGUCAGAUCACAGCUCAAGCAUGUACUAGAGAUGCUGAACUGGGGGAAUGACUGGCUGUUAGGCCGUCGUAUCGACUUCAUCAACCAGUUGAUAAGGCCGACUGUCUCGACGCAACAGGUCAGUAGGGCACUGCUCCAAAAAAUAGAAAGCCCCGACUUCAAGGGCGUUCUCACCUUGGAAGAGAUUAUUAAAUCAUGA